CUAAUACACAUUACGCAUUCACACCAAAACAGCCCAAACUCAGAACCUCACCUCUCACAUUCCUUUGGAAAAACUAAAAAGAAAAACACUUCCAAAUCCUCAGUAUCAGAAGAUAUGGCACAGAAAGUAGUGUUGAAGGUCUUGACCAUGACUGAUGACAAGACAAAGCAGAAAGCUAUAGAGGCUGCUGCUGAUAUAUACGGAGUUGAUGCAAUUGCAGCGGAUCUGAAAGAGCAGAAGCUAACAGUGAUAGGAAGCAUGGACGCAGUUGCUGUAGUGAAAAAGUUGAAGAAGGUAGGUAAAGUGGACAUUGUAUCCGUUGGACCAGCCAAGGAAGAGAAGAAAGAAGAAAAGAAAGAAGAGAAGAAAGAAGAGAAGAAGGAAGAGAAGAAGGAAGAAAAGAAAGAGGAAAAGAAAGAAGACAAGAAAUAAGCCUAGAAUUACCAUUUUCAUGUUUCCAUUCAAUCCUCUAUUUUCUCUAAGAAAAGUUUCACUCACCCAGAGAUGUAAUUAAAGGAUGUUCUUAUUUUGGCUUGUUUUGUGAUAAAAAUGGCCUGGUUUUGUCUUGUUAAGAGACAGUUUAGACCUACCUUUUUAUUAGCCUCCUCUUGUUAUUGGUUUA